AUGAGCAAAUUAAACCAAGAUUUACUUAAAAAAGCUAUUGCUGAUGUGUUCGAAGGAACAAGACAAAAAAAGAGAAAAUUCGUGGAAACAAUUGAACUGCAAAUAGGGCUGAAAGAUUACGACACACAAAGAGAUAAACGUUUUUCGGGUACAGUUCGACUGUCAAAUGAAGUAAGAAAAAAGUUAAAAGUUUGCAUAUUAGGAGAUGCUGUACAUGUUGAAGAAGCUCAAAAGUUAGAAUUAGAUUACAUGGACAUAGAAGCUAUGAAAAAAUUAAAUAAAGAUAAAACAUUAGUCAAAAAAUUAGCCAAAAAAUAUGAUGCAUUUUUAGCUAGUCAGGUAAUUUUACCACAAAUUCCAAAAUUACUAGGUCCAGGUUUAAACAAAGCAGGAAAAUUUCCUUCCUUAAUUACUCAUAAUGAUAAAAUUAAUGAUAAGAUUCUUGAAUUAAAAUCAUCUAUUAAAUUCCAACUAAAAAAAGUUUUAUGUAUGGGUGUACCUGUUGGUCACGCUAAUUUAAAAGAAGAAGAAUUAAGAUCGAAUAUUGUGCAUGCAAUUAACUUUUUAGUCUCCCUCCUAAAGAAAAAUUGGCAAAACAUCAGAACGUUGCACAUUAAAAGUACCAUGGGGAAGCCUCAGCGAAUAUAUGGUUAA